UCACAUUCUAACGAACACCCACCACACACCACACAACCAUACAAUAUUGUGCAUGAAUUGGCGAAAAUCCGACCCAAUCUUACUGAGUCCUUUUCCUUCUUCACUCAAUAAAUUCAAGGUGCUAACGGCCGGGUCGGUCGGUGCGCUUCCACUUUACCCGGGCCGGGUUUGUCGAACACACUAUCCGUAUUCAGUUAUUAGGGCUAGUGUUUUGUUUUCUGGCUGUAGUGCUGGCUUUUCGAUCUUUCUGUCUGUCUGUUCAUUGUGAUUCUUGGUUUUGGAUUAUUCUAUUUCUAUCUUUCAAUUUGAGCUUCGAUCGCCUUUUUGUGGGUGGUUGAGGGAGGCUAUUAUUGGAC